UUCACGCAGUAACAAAAACAGUCAAAUGACAUUCAUUAAUUUAAAUUAGCUCAAAGUAGUCAUUUGAACAGUGACGUUCAAAUAGGAAGAUAAUCUGUAUUUACAAUUUAUAAAAAUGGAUGACAAAUCGUCGAGGAUAGCGAUAAUUGGAGCCGGCGUCGUGGGUAUGACGGUCGCCAAGAUAUUACAACGAGAUUUAAGAAAUGCAAACAUAUCAAUUCUGGCAGAUGCUUUUACACAGGAUACGGUUAGCUGUGUCGCUGCAGGCAUAUUCAGACCAGGCACGAGUUUUAGGGGUCCUACGAAGGAGGUAACAAAGAAAUGGAUCGAUGAAUCUUGGUAUUUCUGGCAGGAUAUAUUAAAAACUUCUGAAGCUCAAAACGCUGGUCUCAUGACCCUGUCUAGUUAUAUAUUUUCCAAAGAAAAUUAUCAUGUCACGAGAAACCACCUUAUCGAGAAACUAGUGCCCAUUUACAGGCCAGUAGACGAAGAUGAGCUGAAAUUGUGCGGCGAAGGAUGGAAAUAUGGAUCAUAUUUUUCUACAAUAAAAAUUGGUUGCGAGAAAUAUUUGCCUUGGGUUGAAAAAUCGUUUACCGAAAACGGAGGGAAAAUUGUGCGGGAGAGAAUCGAUAACUUCGCAUCACUACGUUCGGAAUUCGAUUUAGUUUUCAAUUGUACCGGUAUGGGUGCUAAGGCAUUAUGUAAUGAUUACGAUUUAGUACCUUUACGAGGACAGGUGAUUAAAGUCAGAGUUCCGUCAUUAAAAAUGGCAUUUUACGGUGACUAUGAUACUUAUGUGAUCCCUGGGUUAGACGGCGUCGCCACAUUGGGGGGCGUGAGACAAUACGACAGUUAUAACCGAGAAGUAUGUAAACAUGACACAGCAGCAAUUUUGGAACGAUGUUAUGAACUUUUGCCGUUUUUAAAAAAGUCUGAAAUUGUAGCUGAAAAAGUUGGGUUAAGGCCACAUAGAGUUCCAGUCAGAGUUGAACCUGAGAUCAUAGACGGUGUAAAGGUGGUCCACUGUUACGGUCACGGGGGCUAUGGUGUAAUGUGUGCUCCGGGUACCGCUUUAGACGCUGUUAAAAUGGGCUGUGAUAUGCUAAAGAGUAAUAUUAGGAGUAAGAUUUAAAAUCAAGUGAAUGGUAAUCCUAUAACAUACUUAUAACUUUUUUAUCCGUUUUAAUGGCUAUAGUGUACGUUAAGCCAUUACACCGUUAUUUCAGUUCUGCAGUGAUAUUUUAAGAACUUUUGUAUCUCAAGCUUGAAAUAUUAUAAAACUGACUUACAGUGAUGCCUUUGAAUAAUUUACAUGUUAUGAUGUUCUCUGACAUCAAUUUGUUUUAAUUGAAUUGUUUAAAUACUUUACAAGAUGUUGUUCUAAUCGAUACAUAAUUAUUAUAAAUUGUUUUUUUUUUGUUAUUGUAACAAUGAUACAUUCUGAUUUAUCUCAAAAUGCUGUAUAAUAUAUCUGAGGUAAUUUUUAGAUUUUUAUAUUACAAAUAAUAAAAAAAUAUUCACUUCGA